AUGAUAAAUCUUGAAGAAUUGCGAUUAUAUCUAUCAGUUGGAAGAUGUGACUCAACUUAUAUUGAUGGUAUUCAAUUAUAUGAUCAAUUUCUUAUUUAUAUGACACAAUUAAACAAAUUUACAUUUAAUAUUAAGACAACGGUCUACCAGACGAACGUUAGCGUCGAACUUCCAUCGAAUGAAGAUAUUCAACGUAGUUUCAUCGGAAGAGAUUAUCAAGAAGUAGUUUCAUAUAUUAAGACUACAUUAUUUGGACGCAUUGGCGAAUGCCAUAUCUAUUCAUUACCGUAUGAAUUCGAAUAUUUUAACCUGGACAAUUCUUUUCAAGGUGGCAUGUUUCAUAAAGUUCGACAAUUGACAAUGAAUGAUACAAUCCCUUUUAAACAUAAAUUAUUUAAACUGAUCUCUCAAGGUUUCCCUUUUCUCAAAUUCUUAUAUAUAAUUAAUAAUGAUCCACUAAAAGACAAGCAACAUUCAUCAACAUUAAUUACAUUUCCUUAUCUCACAUUUCUCGACCUAACAUUGGCACAUCUUGGCUAUGCUGAACUAUUUCUCUUAGAAAAAACUAUGCAUCUACCUCGUUUGUUAAAUCUCGCUAUGCAAUAUGAAUCACUCACAACGAUAACAAACAACUUUACCACUAAUGCAAUCUAUUUUAAUUUUGGCAAAUUGAUAAGUCUUGAUAUAUGUCCAUCAUUUGUUCGUCCAGAAAAUUUUCGUCAAUAUUUUCCUUUAUUAUAA